UUUCUCAGUCUCACUUCAGAGGUGACUGUGAGAUGUUUAACUUAAUGUUAACGAGCUAACAAGUUAACAUCACCCAGGAAUAAGACACAAUUACAACUCUGCCUUUACAGCUGGAGAUAUUGUCAGGAACUUUGGGAAAGUUACAGGAGAUCAGGACUGAUGGAUGUAUUUUCAUCUCUGUGGCUUUGCGCUUAUCUCUUUUUGGCUGUACAAGCGAGGGGUGAGCCCCAUUCUCUAACUUUGUCUGCUCCCCAUAAGCACUACGAGUGUCCUGUUGGGGCCAACAUCACUUUAACAUGUUCCCAGUCUGGAUCCAAAACUCACCCGGAGAACAAACUUCAUCACACCUGGCUCUUUACGUCUCACACUCAGGAGCACUGUCACAAGGGCCUACACCCGCGUGGGGCCGGUGCCACCAACCGCUCACUGGGUGUAGAAUACAGUUGGGAUGAGCAUCUCUUCUCCAUCAACCUGCAGAACAUCAAGGCGAACGACCAGGGUAGAUACUGCUGCCUGCUUUUGGACAUCCAGACCAAGAAACACAAAAUCGAGCUGGAGGCCCAUAACUACAUCUUACUGACUGUGAUGUCAGGUAAGUGAACAAGUAGAGAGAUCAGGUUUGGCAGUCUGAAAUGUUCAGAGUUGGUCCAGAAUUCUUCAGAAGACGCUCUGGCUGAAGGUCUGGCUAUAGCAGCCUGCAUCGCUUUUAUUCUGUGUCUCCCACUCAUACUGAUGCUGGUUUACAGACAAAGACAAGCAGUCCGGCAGAGCAGACGUGCACACGAGCUGGUGCGCAUGGACAGUGCGCAGGGACAUGAAAAUGCAGUGUUUGCUGAUGAUUCUCCCGAGCCUAAACUCCGGACCGUAUCCCAAAUAAUGCGCCAGUCAUCGGAAACAGGACGCCACCUCUUGUCAGACCCUGGAACUCCAUUUUCCCCCACACAAGGAGAUGUCUUCUUCUCUGUGCAGGAACCCAUUCCUGAGUCUCCAAACCUACUGCAUGAUUAAGUAAUGUUCACUCCCAGGAACCCCUGGUGUUUCUUCCUUCUGUACACCAUCAUGCAUCUAUCUUCCUGUUCCCUGCAAGGAUGAUUAGGAGUGACCCCUAAAAUCAGGAGAUUUCUACUGCAUUGGUGCCCAUUAUCUAGUGAUGUUUUCUGGUAACAGGAUUUCUGCCCAGCGAUGUGAAGGACAAUCCAUAACUUGGUGCAACCAUGAUUCCAAGAGAUGUUGAGGAGAUUUGUGCUGGACGUGUUUAAAGCGUCACAUUGUUUGUGGCUUUAUACUUGCACUUAAACAAUUAUUCCUUUUUUGAUCAUCAUCAUGAUCAUAAUUUUCUAUCAUUCUCUCUUCAAUCUUUCUGUGCUGAAAUAUAUGUUCAUCCUCUAUUUGAUCCUCUGUCAGAGAUGGAUCUCGUUCUCCUGUGUACUCAGCAGCCACAUUCACUCAAAAAAACUGUUAAACUGCAGUCAAAUGACUUUAGAUAUAAACAAAUGAAUCCGCUAUUUACACAUACAACUUCUAUCUUCUAAUUCUACUACUAAAAGAUGUGUUAAAUUUGAAGGAAAUGCUGUAUAUGUGUGAAACUAUGUAGUGCCUCAGCCUCCCUGUAUCUCAGUGUCUCAAAACUCAGUAUCUCAGUCUACCAGUAACUUAAGUGUCUCAGUUUCCCAAUAACUCAGUGUCUCAGUCCCCCAGUAUCUUAGUAUCCCAGUAACUCAAUGUCUCAGUUUCCCAGUUACUCAGUGUCUCAGUCUCCUAGUAACUCAGUCUCCCAGUAACUCAGUCUCCCAGUAACUCAGUCUCCCAGUAUCUCCCAGUAACUCAGUGUCUCGGUUUCGCAGUAACUCAGUAUCUCAGUUUCCCAGUAACUCAGUGUCUCAGCUUCCCAGUAACUCAGUGUCUCAGUCUCCCAGUAUCUCAGUCUCCCAGUAACUCAGUCUUUCAGUCCCCCUGUAUCUUAGUGACUCAAUACUCAGUAUCUCAGUAACUCAUUGACUCAGUCUCCACAUAUUUCACUGUCUCAGUCCCUUUGUAUCUCAGUCCCCCUGUAUCUCAGUGCCUCAAUCUCAGUAUCUCAGUCUCCCAGUAACUCAGUGUCUCAGUCUCCCUGUUUUUAAAUGUCUUAGUAUCUCAGUCUCCCAGUAGCUCAGUGUCUCAGUUUCCUGUCCCAGUCCCCCUGUAUCUCAGUCUCCCAGUAUCUCAGUACCCCUGUAUCUCAGUCUCCCUGUAUCUCAGUGUCUC